AGCAGAAAUCACAUCGCAUCUGCCACCGCUGCCGACUUGCUUGGGCAUUUUUUGCUGAUCCGGCAAGCCGACGCGUGUGCGCUACCGUUAUCGUACAAAUCACAGCUGUAAUACUGGUAAUAAAACUAUUGGGUCGCGGAUCAACCGAUUGCGGCAAGCGUGUCGUGGUACAUUGUCUUGUACGCUAUCGCGUUAUCGACGUUUUUACGGGGUAAUCCGGGUUCCGGUAGUGGUUUUGGAGUGGCACCGAUCUGCACGGGCAUUCCGCUGCCACACACAUGCUCAAUCCAGAUACCGACGAAUUCGAGGUCAACCCCUUCAAAAAGCCCCAGCCCCAGGGACGUUUGGAAUUCUACGUGGCACCCAUAGCGCACAAGAUGGGAUUCACUAGUACGCAGUUUAUCAAAUGGCUCCUGGUCAUCUUCAACAUCCUUUUCUUCAUACUGGGAUUAGCUCUGAUUGGAGCGGGGGCCGUCGCUCGGGUGGCGUACAAGAACUACAUAACCUUCCUGGACCAGGGAUACGCGUCGGUGCCGGGCUUUAUGAUAUUCGUUGGGAUCGUCAUUAGUGUCGUGUCUUUCCUGGGAUGCUGCGGUGCCAUGAAAAGCCAUCUGUGUUUUAUCGUCACGUUCUCAAUAUUCUUGGGAGUCCUGUUUAUUCUCGAGAUUUCUGGAGCCAUCGCAGCCUAUGUGGAGCGCAAUGAGAUCCAAAGUUACCUUACGGGAUUUAUGACCGAGUCCAUUAACAAUAAUACCAAUCCCCAGGAUAUAAAUUUAUGGUACCACACCCAGUCAACGUUGCAUUGCUGUGGAGCCACCAGUUAUGAGGACUGGGUUAAUCGCAGACAUCAAAUCCCAAGUUCCUGUUGCAACAUAGAAAGGAUAAAUUUGAAUGGAACUUGUAAUCUGGACUGGAACAGCGUCGCAUAUAAUGGGUGUAAGCCACCGCCCACGGAUAACAAUUGUCCGAUUUACACUAAGGGAUGCGCUAAUAAACUUCGAACGGAAGUUGAAGACCACAUGGGAGCCGUAGCCGGCGUCGGGCUGGCUAUUGCUUUUAUUCAGAUUGUGGGAAUGGCAUUAUCGUGUAUCUUGGCCAAGCGAAUACGAAACGGAUACACUUACGCUUGAAUUAUUUGUUUGUCUCAAACAUAUCAGGAUGCGAUACAUUCUUUUACUUUUUUAGUCCAUUACGCUUGUAGGCAUAUAGUGUUGCGAUGGUCUUUUGCUUGUUCUUUGCUUCCUAUUUGAGAAAUUGGAUCGGAUAUGGAAUCCUAAAAUGCAGCUGCGUUGCCACACUGGUCAAGUGUGCCAAAAGAUAAUUAGUUAUGAUAA